CUUAUUUUCUCCUCUUGCAGGAAGAGGAUGAUUGGAAGGAGUUUGAGCAAAAGGAAGAAAUUGAUUAUAGUGGUCUUAGAGUUCAGUCCAUGCAAAUAAGUGAAAAAGAUGAUGAUGAAGGUGAAAAAAGAGAAGAACCUGGUGACAACUGGGAGGAGACUGGUAGUGGUAUAGACAGAUCAUCUGGUCCUUGGAACAAGUCAGCUCCUGCACCAGCACCUGUUGUUGAACCAAUUGUUACAGAAACCCCAGAACCAGUCCAGACUGGUGGUGUGUACAGGCCGCCUGGUGCCAGGGAGGGCGGCAGGCCACGAAGAGCACAGCAAGGACCACCAGAAAUCUAUAGCGAUACGCAGUUUCCAUCACUGCAGUCCACUGCCAAGCUUGUAGACAGUCGAAAAUACUGAGCCUUCGUAAAGGUUGACUACCUCAGACUUGCUGCACUCAUUGUGGACACCAUGUGGAUCACAACUUCUGGAAGAGAAGGUUACAGCUGUUUUAGUGGCCAUCUGAAACUUGAAACCAGCUCUACUGGAUUCCUGUCAGAAAUCCUGCAGAAGUCAGCCAUUUGGUUCCAAUUUGCUAUAACAAAGAUUUAAGUGACCUUAAUGACAAACCUAUUCUGUUCCCCUUCUGAGGAAUCCUGUCAUGUGUAGCCAUAGCCUACUAGAGACUUAUGGAGCGUACCACACCACUCUCACUAUCUGAGUAGAACAGAGCUGUAGUUUGUUUACCUUUUUAGAUAGCUGUACUGAAGAAACUACAAAACACAUUAAAACUCACAGUAUCAGAUUUGAGGAUCGAUGAGUUUGAAUGGUCUGUUUGCAUUAGCCAUUUUCAGUUGUCUGUUUAAGUAUUUUUCUCUGUUCUCCACAAAAAAAUGCCUGCCUUGUUUCUGGUAUCAAAUUGCAGUAUAUUUAAAUAACAAUGAGAUGUUGUAGUGAAAUAGGGUUCGUUUUGUUUUUUUUUUUUUUUGUCAUGAGGUUUGUCUGUCUUGCCCUAAAGCACUAAGACUUGAGUUUCUAUUUGCACAGAGGUAUCCAGACUCUUGACUGCAGUCUUCAGAAUUUAUCUUUUAAAAAUGAGAUAUGUGGCAGUAGCGUUACUAGAUAAAAAGUUCUCCUCUGUUUAAAAUAGUUAUUUGUUCGUUGAAGGGGUUAUUUUGAUAACCAAAAUAGCUUAGUAUGCAGAGGGAUAACUAAAGCUGGCAAGCGUUACUUGUUUGGCUACUUCUGUGAAGCAUGCAGGCUUUUGAGGGCAGAAAUCCUCUAACUAAAACUCAUAAAAGGUGUUUAUUCAAAGUCAGGAAGUUUAGUAAUAAUUGAAGGCAGUGACUUCUUUAAGUUGUUGUCAUCUCUGACUUAAUUUAGUGGAAGUAGGCAAAAUGGCUCAGUUACGGGCAACGUCCUAUAUUCUUAGUGUAACUGAUUCAAUGAACCAAACCCGUCAAGUACCAAAAGUGUCCUGCUGUAACUGUUUUUCUCUUCUCUGAAUUCUUACACCAGAAGCAAAAUGAAGUACAAUAGUAGCGUGCUCCAGUGUUGAGGUUUCUCAGAGUCAAUGCCAAAAAAUAGACCCAAUAUCCGUAAGAGUUGCCAAUGGCAAGAAAACCAAGGGAACAAAACAAAACUUGCUUACGUGUGUGGGAGUACUGUGUAUGUGCAGAAGAUGAGGAUAGCGCAGGAAUUGCCUAGCUGGGUUCCCUUUGACUAACUGCUGACUCGCUUUAAAUCUACUUUUCUGAGGCCAAUUGGAAUUUUGCUGUUGACUUCAGCAGGGCUGGGGUUUCACCUGGUUGUUCUGUGCACAGACUAAAACUGGCCUUGUCCUUGCAGAGUUAACUGUCUCUAAAACUUCUGCUAGAAGCUGCUAUUAAAAGAGGGCUCAAGAGACUAUUCUUUAAGUUGGAGACUUCAUUUGGAAACAAAACCCCACUGAAAGACUGAUACCAAUAGCUUGGACUCUGAGCCAUGUAUCUUCCUUGAAAAUAGAUUGUUGCCAGCAAAACUGUUGAUUUGUCACUAAAGAUUUCUGUGGAAUUCAUGGUAAAUGGACAUGUCACUGGAUGUGGUAGAAAUGUGAAAUCUUAAAACACUUUUUCUGCUGGUCUAAAGCAAUUGAGAUCACCAAUGCACAUGAAUCAGAUUUUAGUCUACUACUGUAUGAAGGGUAGAUGAGACUGUCCAUUGUACCAUCUUUAUUUGAGGUUUUGGGCAUGAAUUCUGGCAGUUCAAGAAAACCCUGUAACAGUUUCAAAUCAAAUAAAAUGGAAAUAUACAUGGAAUCUGGAGUCUAAUGAAUCUUUACCUUUAGUUUGAGCUUAUGACUGUAUGACAGCUGAGGAAAUGCAGAGCAUUUGGAUCUCUCAAGGGACAGGCCGUGCAGUGGGUAGUCAGCCUUGUGGUCAGGUGGGCUCUGCUUAAGAGCUUCUAGCAGUGCAUAUUAGUAUGACUUUAUACCUAGAAGUUUGGUUUGCUACCUGUCAGAGUGUCUUCUGACUCCCACCAUAUAGGACUGGUUUGAGAUUGUGAAUUGAGUAUGAAUGAACCUUUGAUUUGCUUUUCAUUUGAAAGUAGCUCUGCUAAAUUAAAGAAUGAAAAAAAAAAAA